UGCCGAACUUUCACCCAGGCGCCGGCAGGUGGCGAUGAGGCUCUCCGUGGGCCGCUCUGUCUGACGCGUGCACCUCUGUGCGGGCCACAGACGCUGCAGCUGUACUUCCGGGCGCUGAUGCAGGUGAGCCAGGGUCUCUCGAAAACCUCAAUGCCGUCAACCCAAAGAUGCAGAAGAUCUCCGUGUUGCUCUUCCUGGCCUGGGUCUGCUUCCUCUUCUAUGCUGGCAUUGCCCUCUUCACCAGUGGCUUCCUUCUCACCCGUUUGGAGCUCACUAACCAUAGCAGCUGCCAAGAGCCCCCAGGUCCUGGGUUCCUGCCUUGGGGAAAUCAAGGGAAGCCUGGGGCCUGCUGGAUGGCUUCCCGGUUCUCCCGGGUUGUGUUGGUGCUGAUAGAUGCCCUGCGAUUUGACUUUGCCCAGCCCCAGUACUCACAAGUGCCUGGGGAGCCUCCUGUCUCACUGCCCUUCCUGGGCAAACUACGCUCCUUGCAAAGGAUCCUGGAGAUUCAGCCCCACCAUGCCCGACUCUAYCGAUCGCAGGUUGAUCCUCCUACGACCACCAUGCAGCGCCUCAAGGCCCUCACCACCGGCUCAUUACCUACUUUUAUUGAUGCUGGCAAUAACUUUGCCAGCCAUGCCAUAUUGGAAGACAAUCUUAUUAAACAACUCACCAAUGCAGGAAGGCGUGUAGUCUUCAUGGGAGAUGAUACCUGGAAAGAUCUUUUCCCUGGAGCUUUUUCAAAAGCUUUCUUCUUCUCUUCCUUCAAUGUCAGAGACCUACACACAGUGGACAAUGGCAUCCUGGAACACCUGUAUCCCACCAUGGACAGUGGUGAAUGGGACGUGCUGAUUGCUCACUUCCUGGGUGUGGAUCAUUGUGGCCACAAGCAUGGCCCUCACCACCCUGAAAUGGCCAAGAAACUUAGCCAGAUGGACCAGGUGAUCCAGGGACUUGUGGACCGUUUGGAGAAUGACACACUGCUGGUGGUGGCUGGGGACCACGGGAUGACCAUGAAUGGAGACCAUGGAGGGGACAGUGAGCUGGAAGUCUCAGCUGCACUCUUUCUAUAYAGCCCCACAGCCCUGUUUCCCAGCACCCCACCAGAGGAGCCAGAAGUGAUUCCUCAAGUCAGCCUUGUGCCCACACUGGCCCUGCUACUAGGCCUGCCCAUACCAUUUGGAAACAUUGGGGAGGUGAUAGCUGAGCUGUUCUCAGCGGGCAAGGACUCCCAGCCCCACCUCUCUGCUCUAGCCCAAGCCUCAGCUCUCCAUCUCAAUGCCCAGCAGGUAUCCCGAUUUCUUCAUACCUACUCAGCUGCAACUCAGGACCUCCAAGUUAAGGAGCUUCAUCAGCUACAGAAUCUCUUCUCCAAGGCCUCUGCUGACUACCAGUGGCUUCUUCAGAACUCCCAAGGGGCUGAGGCUGCAUUGCAGACUGUGAUUGCUGAGCUGCAGCAAUUCCUGCGGGGAGCUCGGGCUAUAUGCAUUGAGUCUUGGGCCCGUUUCUCUCUGGUCCGCAUGGCAGGGGGUGCUGCUCUCUUGGCUGCUGCCUGCUUUCUCUGUCUGCUCGCAUCCCAGUGGGCAACAUCCCCAAGCUUCCACUUUCGCCCUCUGCUGCUUAUACCUGGGGCCUGGGGCCUGGGUGGAGCCAUACUAUAUGCAGGACUCCUGGCAACUACUGGGCUGAAGCUGGAUCCAGUGGUUCUGGGGACCAUGGCUGCAACAAGCUCACUUCUCCCUUUUCUGUGGAAAGCUUGGGCUGGCUGGGGGUCUAAGAGGCCCAUAGCAACUCUGCUUCCCAUCCCUGGGCCUGUCCUUUUACUCCUGCUCAUUCGCUUGGCUGCCUUCUUCUCUGAUAGUUUUGUUGUAGCUGAGGCCAGGGCUACCCCCUUCCUUUUGGGCUCACUCAUUUUGCUCCUGGUUGCCCAGCUUCACUGGGAGGGUCAGCUGCUGCCGCCUAAACUGCUCACAAUACCCCGCCUUGGCUCUUCUUCCCCAACAGGCCCCCCACGGCACAGUGGUGCAUAUGCCCUGAAGCUUGGAGUUGGGUUGCUUUUAUGUACAAGGCUAGCUGGGCUUUUUCAUCGCUGCCCUGAAGAGACACCUGCUUGCCACUCCUCUCCCUGGCUGAGUCCUCUGGCAUCCAUGGUGGGAGGUCGAGCCAAAAAUUUGUGGUACGGAGCUUGUGUUGGGGCACUGGUGACCCUAUUAGUUGCUGUGCGACUAUGGCUUGGCCGCUAUGGUAAUCUCAAGAGCCCUGAGCCCCCUGUGCUCUUUGUGCGCUGGGGGCUGCCUGUAAUGGCACUGGGCACUGCUGCCUACUGGGCAUUGGCAUCGGGGGCCGAUGAAGCACCCCCGCGUCUACGAGCCCUGGUUGCUGGGGCAUCAGUUGUGCUUCCUCGGGCAGUGGUGGCGCUGGCUGCUUCAGGACUCAUGCUGCUUCUCUGGAGGCCUGUGACAGUGCUGGUAAAGGCUGGGGCAAGUGCCCCAAGGACCAGGAUUGUCCUCACUCCCUUCUCGGGGCCCCCUACUUCUCAAGCUGACUUGGAUUAUGUGGUCCCUCAAAUUUACCGACACAUGCAGGAGGAGUUCCGGGGCCGGCUAGAGAGGACCAAAUCUCAGGGUCCCUUGACUGUGGCCGCCUAUCAGUUGGGGAGCAUCUACUCAGCUGCUAUGGUCACGGCCCUCACCUUUUUGGCCUUUCCACUUCUGCUAUUGCAUGCAGAGCGCAUCAGCCUUGUGUUCCUGCUUCUGUUUCUGCAGAGCUUCCUUCUCCUGCAUCUGCUUGCUGCUGGGAUACCCAUCACCACCUCUGGUCCUUUUACUGUGCCAUGGCAGGCAGUGUCAGCAUGGGCCCUCAUGGCCACACAGACCUUCUACUCUACAGGCCACCAGCCUGUCUUUCCAGCCAUCCAUUGGCAUGCAGCUUUUGUGGGAUUCCCAGAAGGUCAUGGCUCCUCUACUUGGCUGCCUGCUUUGCUAGUAGGAGCCAACACCUUUGCCUCCCACCUCCUCUUUUCAGUAGGUUGCCCACUACUUCUGUUGUGGCCUUUCCUAUGUGAGAGUCAAGGGCCAAGGAAGAGGCGGCAACCCCCAGGGAGUGAAGCUGAGGCCAGAGUCAGGCCUGAGGAGGAGGURGAGGAGCCACUGAUGGAGAUGAGGCUCCGGGAUGCACCUCACCACUUCAAUGCAGCACUUCUGCAGCUGGGCCUCAAGUACCUCUUUGUCCUUGGUGUUCAGAUUCUGGCUUGUACCUUGGCUGCCUCCAUCCUCCGCAGGCAUCUCAUGGUCUGGAAGGUGUUUGCCCCCAAGUUCAUUUUUGAGGCCAUAGGCUUCAUCGUGAGCAGCGUGGGACUUCUCCUGGGCAUAGCAUUGGUGAUGCGAGUGGAUGGUGCUGUGAGCUCCUGGUUCAGAAAACUAGUUCUGGCUCAGCAGAGGUAGCCUAGGCUAUGGAUGCUUAUAUCUGACUACAGAGAGAACUGGAGAAUAAUAUAGCUUGGCCUGUACAGGUGCUAGCUAAACUACAAGAGAGGCUCAGCUACAUCUCUUUCCACCAUGCAGCCAGGCACUGCUGGCUCUGGGACUUCAUUAUUUUAGAAUUYAAAAUCACAGUGGAGUCUGAUCCCUAACUCCUGAUUUGGUUGCAUCUGAUGGAUAAGGGUGUUAGCUAUGGUGGGUCUCCAAGUGGAAUAAAAAAAUGUAAAUAUGUUUGUCUGAGAUGUGGGGGAGUCCCCACUGUCAUACAUGUGUUGAAGGGAGGGUCAGUCUCCUCUCUCAGGCAGAUUGGAUCAGUCAUCUUAGACAUGCUUGGCUAUACCUGAGAACCUUUGGCAAGAGGUUGGAGUUGUCUGAAUUUACUGCCCCCACUUUUUCCUAAAUCAGUCCUGUUAUCCCACCUAUGAUUUUCCUUUGCUAUUCAGUCAACACAUUUUUUGAGUUCUUACACUUUGGCUGAUUGCAGAGAAGACUGAGAAGAUAAACCCAGGUAUCAUAGAGUACACAGAAUUUCACUGAAGCCCCAAAUCAUCUUCCCUAAUGUGUCCUUUCACUCUAAGACACUUUGCUCUUCACUUCUGUGGAAGCCUCCCUAGUUUCCCAACCUGUGCUGCCUAUUUAUUUAUUUAUGAUACUGGGGAUUGAACCCAGGGCUGCUUUACCACUGUGCCACAUCCCUAGCCU